UUUAAAUUCUAUUGUCGCAUGAAAUAGUUCAAUUAUGAUUUUAACAAUUGGAACAAUUUUGAAUUCAGUUUUACUUUUAGGAAAUAACAUAUUUGGGAAAUAUUUGCCGAAAAGCAGAACAACUGUAGAACUCUUAAAAGAUUUAGGCUAUUCAUCGGAGACUCACCAGGUGCAAACAGAAGACGGGUAUCUUCUCACCCUACAUAGAAUCCCUUAUCAGAGGGAUUCCGCAAGACCAUAUAAAGGACCAAUCCUACUGGGACACGGGGUGCUUUGUAGCUCAGCAGAUUGGAUCGUUAAUGGCAAUCAAUCCUUAGGAAUUAUUUUGGCUCAAAACGGUUACGAUGUAUGGAUGGGAAACAAUAGGGGAAACACCUAUUCCAGACGUCAUGUUUCUCUGGAUCCUGAAAAAAAUUCCAAGGAAUUUUUUGCAUUUAGCUAUCACGAAAUGGGUAAAUAUGAUUUACCCGCUAUGGUAGAUUAUGUAUUGAAACACAGUAAUGUCUUAAAAAUACCCUAUGUGGGAUUUUCUGAAGGGGCUACUCAGUUUUGGGUAAUGAUGUCUGAACGGCCUCAAUAUAAUGACAAAAUUUCUAUGUUUACUGCUUGGGCUCCUGUUACCGAUAUGUAUAUGAUUACCCAAGUUAUAGUCAACUAUCUUGCAAGGCACCCGAUUUAUGAAAAUCUUUUUAGAAUAUUGGGAAUUUAUGAAAUAUUUUCCCAUAGAACCGUGGGAAAUACUCUUAGAUUAGCCUGCAGAAAAUCGGAGAGUUUUUGUAAUUUUCUAUUUCAUUUAUGCGGACAAUCAUGGGAAAGGAUGCCAAAUAAGAUUUUAAAAGAUAAAAUUUUGGAAAACUUCUUUGCUGGAAUUUCAUUAAAACAGGCCGUACACUACGUGCAAGGAGCACGUUCAGGGGUCUUUAGGCCAUUCGAUUUCGGACAUGAGAAAAAUCUAAAAAUAUAUGGAAAAACUGCACCAAAUCCUUAUAAUAUAUCAGCAACCCAAAUACCAGUUGUGUUGUACUAUGGAGAUUCAGAUGUUUUUGUAAACAUUGCGGUAAUGAAGAGGGAACUCGUUAAUGUUUUGAAAGAUGUCAAAGCCAUAGAACUUCCGUAUACAAAGUUUAAUCACUUAGAUUUCAUUUAUGGUACUAAUGUUCAGUAUUUAACCGAUACUACGCUUAAUAACAUAAAAAAUAUCGUCUAA